GGCCCAAAAAAAAAAAAAACAAAGAAAACACGGAAGCGAACGACAACGCCGGGAAUCUCCUCUCCUACGAGAGAGAGAUUUACACGCAAAGAGACGAGCCUUCCCUUUCUUCCAGAUUCACAGAAUUCCUCAGAGCGAAGAUAUGAGCCCUAGCAGAUUAUAGAUGUUUCUGUUUCUGUCUCUUUCAUGAUCUUAGAUUCAUCUCUAUCUCUGAAUUCCCAUGGAUCCUCGCUCAAAAACGACGGCACCUUCGCAACCGCUAGAUCGGUGCCCCGUUCCGUCCCCGCCGUCCGAUAAUUCCCGCCACAGUUUUGUCAGCAAGAGAAAUGUUUUUGGCAUGAUUGCGCGGAGAGAAAUUUCUCCGAGAACAAAACAUAUUCCCAGAAGGAACUGGGGAGAAGCUUUUAAAAGGAAAGCAGGUCCUUCGUCCGGGUCUCAAAGUGAAACAACUAGAGAUCCAAAGCGUGCUCUUCUCUCUUGGGUUGAAGCAGAGUCGCUUCGGCAUUUAUCAGCAAAGUAUUGCCCUCUAUUGCCUCCACCUAGGUCAACUAUUGCAGCAGCAUUCAGUCCUGAUGGAAGAACUCUUGCUUCUACACAUGGUGACCACACAGUAAAGAUAAUUGAUUGCCAAACUGGCAGCUGCUUAAACGUUCUGACCGGACAUAGGAGGACGCCUUGGGUGGUUAGGUUUCACCCAUUGUGUCCAGAAAUUCUUGCCAGUGGGAGCUUGGAUCAAGAAGUUCACUUAUGGGAUGCUAACACGUCAGAGUGCAUAGGGUCUUGUGAUUUCUAUCGCCCUAUCGCAUCCAUUGCUUUCCACGCCAAAGGAGAAUUUCUUGCUGUUGCUUCCGGUCAUAAGUUGUACAUAUGGAACUACAGCAAGAAAACUGCCCCAGCCAUUGUAUUGAAGACUCGACGUUCACUUCGAGCUGUUCAUUUUCACCCACAUGCUGCUCCAUUUCUCUUAACAGCUGAGGUCAAUGAUCUUGACUCUUCAGAUUCCUCAAUGACACAAGCAACAUCUCUGGGUUACUUGCGAUAUCCUCCUCCAGCUGUUUUUGUGGCAAAUUUUCAUUCUAGUGACCGUCUUAGUUUUGCUGCUGAAUUAGCACCAAUGUCCUUACCUUUAUUUUCUACGCCAUCAUUUUCUAAUGAGGAUUCAAGAAUAGAACGACAACUAAGUAUCCAAAAUGCUGGUUCUUCUGGUUCAGUAAACUUUCAAACAGAUGCAAAUGCAGCAGAACAGUAUCAUAAUGCGGUGCCUCCUAUGGAGACAUCUCCAUCGGUUCCGCCUGGCUCCCAUCCUGGUCUCACAGAUGGUUCUUUUCAUAGUAAUCCAAUAUCAGAUGCGAUGGAGGCUGAUGAAAUGCAGCCUGUUGGGAGAACGCAUAACAGAAACUUCACUAACCUAGAUGCUCUUACUGUUAGUAGUGUUCGAGGGUCUGAACAUAAUCAAAAUCGUCUAGAACUUGCUGAACUCGGGCAGCUUCAUCGGAUUUUACCUGGUGGAGACUAUGCUUAUUGGGAGCAACCUUUUCUGCAAGGGUGGCUAAUGGGCCAAAGCCAAGCUGGUCUUCCCUCAAUGCUCUCUCUUAAUGGUAGUAACCGGGAACAUUCGGCUCAAGCAACGGGUUCUAUUUUGACAUCCCAUAUAGAAAGUCACAAUUUGGAUGCGAUGGUAGCUUCUUUGGCAAUGCCAGGCAGCACUAGUCUAUCUGGGGUUUCGGGAAGAUCUGCCAUUCAACAACGCUUUGCGAAUCUACACUUCUCUGUACCCGAAUCAGCGCAUGGUCCUACGCCUGUUACCCUGCGCGAGGGUGGUGAUGCCCAACCCAUUAUUAGCAGAAUCCAGUCAGAACUUGUCACAUCACUGGCUGCAGCAGCUGCUGCAGAGUUACCAUGCACUGUGAAGUUAAGGGUCUGGUCACAUGAUAUAACAAACCCUUCUGCCACGCUCAGUGCUGAAAGAUGUCGAUUAACCAUACCCCAUGCUGUUCUUUGUAGUGAAAUGGGUGCUCAUUUCUCUCCUUGUGGGAGAUUUUUAGCCGCUUGUGUUGCUUGCACGCUUCCUCAAACAGAAGCUGAUUCCGGAUUACAAACUCUAGUUCAUCAAGAUCCCGGUGCUGCCACUUCCCCAACUCGGCACCCAAUCUCAGCACACCAAGUUAUGUAUGAACUUCGGAUAUAUUCGCUCGAGGAAGCAACCUUCGGUUCAGUGCUUGUGUCACGAGCAAUCAGAGCUGCACAUUGUUUGACUUCAAUCCAGUUCUCACCCACCUCUGAACACAUAUUACUUGCCUAUGGCCGACGUCAUGGUUCUCUUCUUAAAAGUAUAGUCAUUGAUGGGGAAACAACAUUACCCAUAUAUACUGUUCUGGAGGUUUACAGAGUUUCAGAUAUGGAACUAGUGAGAGUGCUUCCUAGUGCAGAGGAUGAGGUUAAUGUCGCUUGCUUUCAUCCUUUUGCUGGAGGAGGUCUUGUGUAUGGAACCAAGGAAGGAAAGCUUAGGGUCCUCCAGUAUGAUAGUGCUUAUGGGGAACAUUGCACCAGAGAAAAUUAGUUCCCUGAGGGAACAUCGCUGUUGUACUAUAGUAUAGUGACAAAGGUAAUAGGUUCAGAAACAAAUUUCAAAUGGUAGAAAUUAGUGAUCUGACUUCACAUGAGUUGUAUAACCGAGCCAGAUGGUAUGCGCUCCAACUUGUUCUAACCUUUUUAUCAUUGUGUGAGAAUCAAGAUAAAAGGGGAUUAUAAUGUGAAAAAUUAAGGACAAAAAAAUUACAGUUUAGCUUUGGUCACAAGAUUUAAAUGUGGUAAGAAAUGAUUGUGGUUCGGAUAAUACUCUACAGCAGCUACCGCACCAUGUGUUGUGGCGAGAACGCGACUAGUCGUUGGAGUGCACUUCUAUGUUCACUUCAGUGGCCAAUCCUGUAAACUAUUACUAAACUGAUAUAACAAUUUGUACAUUAUCAUUACCCUGUAACCGUAACACAAGUUUUUAUUUUUAUUUCAACUUUUUUUUUUCUGUAA